AUUUAUGAUUUUAUGCUAGUGCACACCCAACUCAAGGAGUUUCCCCUUUCAUAUUUAAAAUAAAAUAUAAUCACAUUUAUUUAAUAUUGGUCACUUUAAAUUGCAGAAGGAGCUAACGUUUCUCUGCAUACCUUGUGUGCAACAGAUGUCAUCUGUCAAAAUACGCGCUCCGUUUGUUUGGUUUUGGUUCGCACAACCGAAUAAUGAAUUAGUUAAAAUAUUACAAACUUUCGUCGUAUUAUGUACUCUGCUUCAUCAACCCUUCUGUUGGAGUGUUUAAAGUUCAAUCCUAUUUAUGAUCAGAUGAUUUAAAAAAUCAUGCCGAGUCAACUACAAUCCAAUGCCAUAGUGUGGCUGUACUUCACUAAUGACACGGUUGCAAAGAAAGGCAAAUGUGUGUUCUGUGAACAGUUGAUAAGCUACGAAAAAUCAACUUUUUCCAAUUUAACCAGACAUCUGAAGAGGCGGCAUCCGGAUGUGUUGAAAAACGGCGAUAAAAGACAUCUUGUACAACCCCGGGUGCAUUAUGUGUGGAACUAUUUCGAGAAAGAGUCGGACACGAGGGCAAAGUGUGUGCGAUGCCAAACGUACAUUUCCUGUCCAAAUAGUGCUGUGGGCAAUUUGAUACGACAUAUGAGAUGUAAGCAUCCCACUAUACCGAUGGAGAACCAAUACGAAUUCAUCCAACAAGAAGAAGAUAGACUGUACGACGAACCACAUUCCCUCUCUGACGCGAUUGAAGAAACCUUCAAAGGACCAUCGUCUUUGAAUGAAUCGGACCUUGAAAUGGAGACGAAUCUUAAUGCAAUCGAAAUGAUGCCGGAUAAUCGUGAGGGUUCCGUGAAAAUUGAAUACGUGAACACAAAUCGUAAAAUUAACGAGGACGACCAAGAAGAAGUGAUUGAAGAGAUCGUUCACGAAGCACAAACACACCCAGAUGUUGAUAUGGAAUGCCGUAACGAUACGGAUACUACUAGCCAGUUUCUAAACCAAAGCGGCGGCCUUUCAUACAUACAGGCAAUUCAAAAAUCGAAACAAGUUUCACAGCAGGAGGCGUCCAUAAAAUCCAACCGGCACGAAUCAAUUGCGGCAAUACGCACAGAUGAAGGUUCGAUAGGCCAGCACAAUUUUCUGAAAAGUAUAAAAGACGCCAAUGUGCGAUCUGCUGCCUAUGCGACCAACAUAGCGCUGGAGCUGGAAAGCCUACAGCCAAGGCAACGAAUAGUAGCGGAGAAGCUAAUAUCAGAUGUAUUGUUCAAUGCAAAGUUAGAAAACUUGACGGAACAUUCUAUGGUUCUGGCGAAGUUAAUCCACCCUACCAUUAAGUAGUAACAUAUAGGUAAUUCUAUCGUUAGUAUUGAUGAAGGUUCCACAAAGCUGCACAACAAACGAGAAACUUGGAUUUUUUAUUCAAAUGUGUUUGUAGCGCGAAGCAAGUUCACUCACGAAACAUCGUUUUUGUCUAAGCAGAAACCUUUUGUUUUAAUGCGAAUCUACGAUAGGAUUUUACCUAAUCGAUCCUUUUACGGCAUACAAUAAUCAAUUUCUAUGUACAUAUUUGCACAUGCACUUACGACUACGGGACAAAUAAAUUAAAUAAAAAUUGUAAUUUACAUAUUGAA